CGUCCCCUAGGACAGAUCGAUAAACCAACCCAGGUCCUAAAAAGCACUUUUCUAGGUGGUCGCAUCCUCAGCGGCCCCCGCCCUUGCGGUACUCCGAGGGCUGUGGCGCGCGGGGCUCCAGGUUCGAGGACGGGGCGGUGCUUCUCGGAAAGAGAAAGCAGGCGGGGCGGCCCUGAGCCCGAGCGGGAAGCAGGAAGCAGGGUAGACGACGCGACCGCUCCACGGUUCUCGGGUUAGCGCGCCAUGGGUACCGAAGUCCCCCACGCCAGGUCUGCAUCCCUGGACCCCUCCAAGUCCUCCCUGCCCCUGGCUGCGCUCAACGUGCGGGUCCGGCGGCGCCUGUCGCUGUUCCUGAACGUUCGCACGCCGGUGGCCGCCGACUGGACCGUGCUGGCCGAGGAGAUGGACUUCGACUAUCUGGAGAUCCGGCAUCUGGAGACGCGGCCGGACCCCACGGGCAGCCUGCUGGACGCCUGGCAGGGGCGCCCCGGAGCGUCGGUGGGCCGGUUGUUGGAGCUGCUCUCCAAGCUGGACCGCGAGGACAUACUGCUGGAGCUGGGGCCCAGCAUCGAGGAGGAUUGCCAAAAGUACAUUUUGAAGCAACAGCAGCAGGAGUCUGAGAAGCCCUUGCAGGUGCCCAGAGUGGACAGCAGCGUCCCGCGGACAGAGGAGUCGAAGGGCAUCACUACGCUGGACGAUCCCCUGGGACAAGUACCAGAGCGUUUUGAUGCCUUCAUCUGCUACUGUCCCAGUGACAUUGAGUUUGUCCAGGAAAUGAUUCACAAACUGGAACAGACAGACUAUCGGCUGAAGCUGUGUGUGUCAGACCGGGAUGUCUUACCAGGCACCUGUGUCUGGUCCAUCGCCAGUGAGCUCAUUGAAAAGAGGUGCCGCCGGAUGGUGGUGGUUGUCUCUGAUGAUUACCUGCAGAGCAAGGAAUGUGACUUCCAGACCAAGUUUGCACUCAGCCUCUCCCCAGGUGCCCAUCAAAAGCGGCUGAUCCCCAUCAAGUACAAGUCGAUGAAGAAAGAAUUCCCCAGCAUCCUGCGGUUCAUCACUGUGUGUGACUAUACUAACCCCUGCACCAAAUCCUGGUUCUGGACCCGCCUUGCCAAAGCCUUGUCCCUGCCCUGAAGACGACUCAGGGCAUCCGGGAUUGGUCACUUCCCACACUCUUGUGACCUGUCUCCUCCUGCGGUCAUAGGAGGGAUCUGUGUUCUACGUGUCUUUCUAUUUCUAGAAGUACCACCUCCACAGAUACAUCGGUGGUAAUCAGACAUCACCCAGACACCAUGUCUCAUGUCCUGUGUGGAAUCCUUGGCUGAGAGUGACACUGUCACUUGCCGAGUUACUGGUGAGGAGCAGGGGACUAAGUACAGCAGUAGCUCAGCCACACCUGAGUCACCUUUGCCUUCGGUUUGCUGCUUGGGAGGCAGGACACAGAGACAAGGCAGUAGCUGCAUUUGGAUUCCGGCAGCACAUGGCGAGGUGUGGUUCUGGCUGUUUGGGGGGAAGACAGUGUUGAGUGAUGGAGAGCUGCUUGCCACAGGACUUUGUGCUAGAGGGACCAUGGAUGUGCUGGGGCAGCUGAUUCCAUAGUUGUGACUAGAUAGAUGCCACCUCACAUUCCCCUUCCUUCUCCCCACAGCACGGGUGGGGAAGCAAGCUCACCCUUAAGCUGGAUUCUGCAGCGCCACUCCUACUUCUGACUCCUCCCAGCCUCUGCCCAUGUUUGCUGGUGACAGGUCCCCAAGAACCUAAGUGCUCUUUUUGUUUGUUUGUUUGCUUUUCUUCAAGGUAAGGGCUCUCUCUCUCUCUAGCCCAAGCUGACCUGGAACUCACCAGCCGGUCCUCAAACUCACAGCAAUCCUCCUACCACUGUCUCCCGAGUGCUGGGAUUACAGGCAUGAGCCACCAUCCCUGGUUUAAGGCUUUUCGCUCCCACCUAUCCAUGCUUAUGGGAACUUCUCAGUUCUGCUUGACUUGGGACCUUGGUCUCUGGUAUGCCCAUCACCUCUGAGCUCUGGGGCUGCACUACCUCCCCAGCUGCCCAUGGAGCAAGAUCUUUCCACCAGCCUUCUAUACCUUGGUGACUUCUAUGUCGACAAGCAACAACCACAAAGGAGCAUCUUACCCACAAAGCUUCGGGGCAAGUAGUCCCAUACAGCCUUGCUCACAUAGGCACAUGUACACACAUACGUGCACCCUCACACACAGAGCCACCUGCCACAUGUGUCUUCCCAGGCAGCAUCCAGGAAUGGCUGGUGGGAAAGUCCAACCAUCAAAAGGGCCAACUAUCUCCCUGAAGAAAGGUGGGUUACCCAUGAGCCAGGCUUAGUGAUAUACACUUGUUAUCCCAGCAUCUGGGAGGCAAAGGCAGGCAGAUCAGGCAGAGCUAUCCUCAGGUAUGUGCCAAGUUUGAGGCCAGCCUGGGCUACAUGAAACUGUCUCAAAAAUCCACCCUUCCAAGCCUGGCAUGGUGGUGCACACCUUUAAUCCCAGCACUCAGGAGGCAGAGGUAGGAGGACCACUGUG